AUGUUCCAGACGCGACUUGGAAACUGCCUUAAGGUAUAUCGCGCACAGCAUUCACUCGGUUUUGGUAAAUUGAGCACACAUUUCAGUCUUGACAAAGGAUUGUAUUGGCUCUCGUGCUGCUCUGCACAGUCGCUAGAGAGUGAGUUGGAUAUCAUACAUUAA